UAGUUGCAUGGCAAUUUCUUUUAAAUUUUUUUUCCAAUUUUCCAUUAGUUCAAGCUGUUUUUAUAUUUGAGAAUCAUCUUUUUAUAUAUAUACAGGUGAAGCUACCGUGAACAAGUGCUGCGAAGUAAGGAAUCAUGACCAUUAUUCUACUAGUUUGGAGCCAUAGAAAAUGAGAGAAAAAUGACUUUAAACUUGAUCCCCAACAGUACUAUGUCUUCUCCCAUUUCACCUAAUGCCUUAGUAUAUGUGUGUAUAAAUAUAAACGGUUUUGAGAUGAUAAUUGCUUUAUAAAAAAUGAAUAGUCAUCUACAAUCAUCAUAUCACGAGAAUUAUAUAGAUUUAACAACUAUAAAUGUUAUUUCUCACCAUCUUUAUUUAUAAAUCCCUUAUUAUAUGAUUUCUAAUAUAAAUAUAUAUAUAUAUAUAUAUAGAUUAGAUAGCUCUCAUUUUUGCGCCAUUGAAGCACCGGUUUGGUUAUCUUUGAGCUUACACUUUCAGGUAACACUCUGUUCUCUCAUUAUCAUUAAAUACCCUUUUGAAAUAUUUUUUUUAACUAGCCUGUUUAAUUCUCAGAAUUUCCAGUAAAGCAGAUUCUAAUUGAACUUAUUUUGAAACAUAUUUUUGUUUUUCUGUAUUUGUGGGUAGUUGAAAAAUAGAAAUGUUGCUUCAAUAUUUUCCUCGUUUGGCAUGUCUUUUUGGGUUUUUACUUGGAAAGUUCCAAGAACCGAAUUCAUUUUAUUUCUCCAUUGUUUCUCUCAACUAGUAGUGCAUAAUAUAGCUAUAACUCUCUCUUUUUGCGUUCUUUUCUCUAUAUAUUAUUGGAGUCUGUUACACAUAGAUAUACAAUAUGACUAUAUAUAUAUAUAUAUAUGCAUAGAAAAUUUCUUACCAUAAGGUCCAGAUGAAAUUUUCAUGCUAACUUAAUCGUAUCUAAUUAAAGAUAAAUGGCUAUUUUAAAAUAUACGUGUACUCUUAAUUGGAUACACCUUGGUCUAUAUGAAAAGUUUAUCAAAAUAUCUUGAUGAGAGAAUGAAUGUGUAUAUAUAUAUAUAUAUAUAAUACUUAAUGUUAUACUAUGAUAGAAAACAAAUUAAUCAAAUCUCUUUUCUGUUCAAAUUGAUCAACUUUAAAAAACAAUAGUAAUUUACUGUUAGAAGCUCAAAUUAAGGUUAGAGUGAUUAAAACUUUGAUAUUGUUUACUGAAACAUUCAGAAUGGGUAAGACAAUCCAGUUAUAUGGAUUUUCUCAUAUAGAGCAUCCAAAAGAUGUGGUUAAAUUUCUAGAAGAACAUACUGGGGAAGGAACUGUUUAUGCUGCUGAGAUUGGCCAGUCCAAAAAUGAGUCAAGGGCAUUUGCUACAGUUCAAUUCACUAACAAUGAAGGUGCUGAAAUUAUCAUGGACUUGGCUGAUCAAGAUGAAAAACUGUGGUACAAUAAGGAUUCUUAUUUAAAAGCUUGGGAGUCGAAACUCGACAUUGUAACAAAGCCAAAGGCCUUUGUCUAUGGCAUGGAUGAUAUAACAUUACACUUUGGAAGUCAGAUUUCUGAGGACAAGUUUUCUAUGCUAUGGAAAAGGGAAAAUGUAUCAGUGAAAUUUGGUACGGGGUUUAGAAAUUUCUACUUCUUUUUCUCUUAUCGUUCUGUCGGAUACAAGCUUGAGGUCCCAUCUGAGAGUAUUUGGCAGAUUGAGCUACGUCGUCCACGUGGUCAAGAUAGCAAGUUUCUUCUCAUCCAGUUAAUUGGAGCUCCUAGGAUUUAUGAGGAAGAUAACCCUGCUGUGAACUAUUUCAAGGAAGCUCAUGACAACUACUGGGUCCGGGAAGUGGAUUUUACUCCAUCAUCCUCCAUCGGGCAAUCUUUUACUAUAUGUUUGGAGCUGUCAAACAGAUGCCAGCUUCCAGAUUUGCGUGAUCAUUUUAUUUAUUACAAAGAAGACGAAGGCCGUUUCGAACUCGAGAAAGGUGACAGUUUCUCACGUGAUUCGAAUCUUGUUCCUAUUGUUGAUCCACCACCAGGCAUUGACUUGCCAUACAAGAUCCUGUUCAAGAUAAAUUCCUUGGUUCAACAUGGAUGUCUUCCUGGACAAGCACUUAAUAUCAAUUUUUUCCGGUUAGUCGAUCCAAAUAGAAUGAAAAUCAAUCACAAUCACAUAGAAUGUGCAUUGAACAGAUUAUAUCUUUUAAAAGAAUGUUGCUAUGACCCUGUGAAGUGGCUCAAAGAACAAUACAGAAAGUACCUCUCAGGUACACUAAUUCCUCGAGAACCUUAUAUUGCUCUGGAUGAAGGAUUGGUUUAUGUAUACAGGGUUCAAGUAACACCUUUGAAAGUGUAUUUCUGUGGCCCUGAGAUUAAUCUCUCCAAUCGUGUGUUGCGACAUUAUCCUAACGAUAUCCAUAAUUUUCUGCGCGUUUCCUUCGUUGAUGAGAACUUGGACAAAAUGUAUUCAGCAGAUUUAUCUGCGCGCACAACUUCAGCAGAUGAUGAGAAAAGGAGAACUGGAAUCUAUAAAAGGAUACUAAGAAUUCUAAAAGAUGGCAUAGUUAUUGGUGACAAGAAGUUUGAGUUUCUUGCUUUUUCAUCAAGUCAACUUCGAGAUAAUUCUGUUUGGAUGUUUGCUCCAAGACCAGGGCUUAAUGCGCAACGCAUCAGGAGAUGGAUGGGAGAUUUUCGUGAGAUUAGAAAUGUGGCGAAAUACGCUGCUAGGCUGGGACAAUCUUUCAGUUCCUCCAGGGAAACACUGAGUGUUCGUGGAAACGCAAGAGAAAUGAUUCCCGACAUAGAAGUCGAAAAGGAUGGAAUCAAAUAUUGUUUCUCUGAUGGGAUAGGGAAAAUAUCUGCAGAAUUUGCUGACAAAGUGGCAAGAAAAUGCAGCUUAAGUUAUACUCCAUCGGCAUUUCAGAUUCGAUAUGGUGGCUACAAAGGUGUUGUGGCUAUGGAUCCAAGUUCUUCCAAGAAAUUGUCAUUAAGAGAGAGCAUGUGCAAGUACAAAUCAAAGAAUAUAAAACUUGAUGUUUUGUCAUGGAGCAGCUAUCAUCCUUGUUUCCUCAAUAGACAAAUAGUAACCCUUUUGUCUACUCUUGGAGUUAAAGAUCGCGUUUUCAAAAGGAAGCAGAAAGAUGCAAUAAACCAACUGGAGGCUAUUCUAACUGAUCCAUUAAGAGCACAGCAAGGACUGGAAUCGAUGUUUUCAGGAGAAACCACAAACAUUCUAAAGGAAAUGCUUGUGUGUGGCUAUAAGCCAAAUGCAGAACCAUUUCUCUCGAUGAUGCUACAAACUCUUUGUGCAUCGAAGUUACAAGAACUGCGGAUAAAAACAAGGAUAUAUAUUCCAAAUGGAAGAUCUCUAAUUGGUUGCCUGGAUGAAACUGGGACAUUGGAAUAUGGCCAAGUGUUUGUGAAAUGUUCUCGUCGGAAACUCUUGGAUGAUUCUUCCUCUACGUUCAGCGAUAGCAGUUCAAGCGAAGACUGUUUCGUUGUUCGUGGAAAGGUAGUUGUCGCUAAAAAUCCUUGCUUACAUCCAGGAGAUGUUCGUGUUCUUAAGGCUGUGGAUGUGCUGGCAUUGCAUCACAUGGUGGAUUGUGUGGUUUUCCCACAGAAAGGAAAGAGACCCCAUCCUAACGAAUGUUCGGGGAGCGAUUUGGAUGGAGAUAUCUACUUUGUUUGCUGGGACCCUGAUCUUAUUCCUCGUCGGAAAAUGAAACCUAUGGAUUAUAUACCAGCACCGAUCACAAAGUUGGACCACGAUGUUACAAUAGAGGAAGUGGAAGAGUAUUUUACAAACUAUAUGGUAAAUGAUGCCUUGGGAAUUAUUGCAAAUGCUCAUACUGUCUUCGCAGAUUCGAACAUGAAGAAGGCUAUGAGCGAUUCAUGUCUUGAGUUAGCAAAGUUAUUCUCAGUGGCGGUUGACUUCCCAAAAACUGGUUUCCCUGCGAAAAUACCACCCCGUCUGCGUGUCAAAGAGUACCCGGAUUUCAUGGAAAAAGCCGACAAACCUACCUACGAAUCGAAACAAGUGAUCGGGAAGUUGUUUCGACAGGUAAAAGAUGUUGAACUACACACAAACUCCAUAAAAUCCUUCACUGAGGAAGUAGCGGCGAAGUAUUACGACCCAGAAAUGGAGGUGGAUGGAUUUCAAGAGUAUGUAGAUGAUGCCUUCAAGUAUAAAACAGAGUAUGACUACAAGUUGGGAAACCUGAUGGAUUACUAUGGAUUCAAAACCGAAGCAGAAUUACUGACUGGAAACGUUAUCGGAAUUUCGAAAUUUUUCGAUAGGAAAAGAGACUUGGAAUCUGUUAACUAUGCAGUAAAAUCAUUGAGAAAAGAAGCAAGGACUUGGUUCAAUGAUGAAGGAAAAGAGGAGUCGGUGAAUUAUGCAAAAGCAUCAGCUUGGUAUUAUGUUACAUAUCAUCCAAGUUGCUGGGGUUGUUACAAUGAGGGAAUGAAAAGAGAUCAUUUCCUGAGCUUUCCAUGGUGUGUUUAUGACAAGCUCAUAAUUAUCAAGAAGAACAAGACGAGCAUCAAAACUGUAAAUGUCAUCAUCACUUGAAAGCCAUAGGCUUGGUUUUCUAUUACUUUGAUUCAAGAAAUUUUACAUAUUUAAGGUGUUCGAAAUACGUUUUGUGUCAUAUGGUACUUCGAUUAAAAGCUUGUUAUGCUUAUUUUAUUUUCUGUUUGUGUUUUAUAUUGGAGGAGGUAUGAAGAUUUGAACUAGAGAUCAUAUUUCUUGAGGAAAUGUCCCAGUAGGGAUUGACCUCUUGUGGUACGUACUCUCUUAAUUUAUAAUAAUAUGCUUUAAUUUAUGUA